AUGUUAGUAGACUUGAUAAAGAAAGAUUCACAAAAAAGUAGAGAGAGGGAAGAAAGGUUACUCAAAUUAAUAGAGAAGGGUUUACAAGAAAGGGAAGAAAUAGUACGAAAAUUAGGAGAAUCGUUAAAAGAAGUGUUCCAAAAAACUAACGAAUCACUAAAGGAAGAUUUACAAGAAACAUUAGAGAAGAGUUCACAAGAAACGAGAGAAUCACUAAAGGAAGAUUUACGUGAGAUCAACACAUCGUACACAAAGAUGGAAUGUAGUCUGAAGAAGGAAAUGCAGGAGUUACCAGAACGAUUGAAGAUGAACGUCGACGAGAGAGAAAGUAAGCUACAGAAAAAUAUAGACCAGGUCCAGGGAGACGUGGAGAAAACGGAAGGAGAGUUAACAAAGAAGAUAGAGGACGAUGUUGAAGAAACUAGAACCGAAUUGGGAGAAGAGAUCACUGAAGUGACGCAGAUGCAGAAACGAUGCAACGAUGUGGUUGAGGGGAUAGGAGAUAAGCAAAACCAAUUGGCAGUCAAUCCGAGAAAUGCUAUAGCCGUGCAGCGAGAAGAAGAUGACCAGUGGGUUGCAAUCGAAGGUGAGGCCUUCACUUGUGAAAUCAAGAAAAAGAAAGGGACUACGGAUAAUGGUCAGUUUGAAGGAGGAUUCUUGAAGAAAUGCUGGCCCAAAAGUCGUCAGUGUGCAACACUUGAGGACCCACUACGAUGCAAACCACUUAAUAAUUGGAAAGGAACGUCGGAAGAAUUUGCCAAACAUUUGUGGAAAUGGAACGAGACUUUGGAACAACCCCUGAGUGACAACGUAAUGGUAUCUGCAAUAAAAAGAAGAUUGAAUCAGUAA